AUGAGCGUACUUCAGCCGCUGGAGUUCCCUAAGGAUUCUUGCCUUUUCAAAACAGAAGAGGAGUUGGAAGAAGAGGUCUACAAGAAGACCGGCAUUUUCAAGCACAUAAGAAUAGCGAAAAAUGAAUGGUCCAGAGUCUUGCACUUAUCAUUUCUGUUUGGAGCCAUAACAGUUGUUCAUACAGUGAUGGGAAAUCUAAGAGAAAUGGUACUCAUGGGGAGGCAGGACCCUAUGUCCAUGUUUUUCAUCAAGUCGAUCUUUCUUCCGCCGUGCUCUUUGUUUUUUGUUUGGGCAAUCCAGCGGGGAUUGAACUUCUUUACGCCGUCCAAAAUGUUCGACAUCACUUUAAUACUAUUUUCUGCAUGCUACAUCCUCUUUGGACUAGUCAUGUGGCCGUUUAAAUCAUACAUACAAAAGGACUUCUAUUGGGCAAGAGACAUCUUUGGGGAUGGAAAAAUGGAGUCGCUUAGAAUUCACUUCUUGUAUCCUGUGUUCCUUGUUUUCAACGAGUGGACGUCUUCAUUCCUCUUUCUGUGCUCAGAAAUGUGGGGCGCCUUGGUAGUGUCCUAUUUCUUCAACCUUUUUACCAACGAGGUGUCGACAAGAAGGCAGUCCCAGAGGUACAUAUCGGUUUACAACAUAUCAAAUGCCAUAUCGAUUUUCAUCUCGGCGAUUUUCACGCUGAUAUUUAACAGGUGGAGAGAUAGUGUUGUCUUCGAGACGAAAGAGUCGGGAUUUCGGGUACUAGUACUGGCGUUGGCCUUUACUGUUCUUGGCGUUCUGGGACUGAAGAAGUAUAUAGAGAGAAAAAUCCUUCCUAUACCUGUAUUUCUCAUCAAAAAGACAAAGGCGCCGGAUGAAGACAAAAGGGAGAUUAAGAUGAAGGAAGUCGGCAAGGCCUUAUCUCGAUCAAAGCUACUACUGGCGAUAUCUUUGAAUGUGCUGCUUUACGGAGUAUCCUCUACACUGGUAGAGGCAACAUUUAAGAGCGGGGUAGCUGCAGGAGCCAAAUACACGAAUAACUCAAAAGAAACAUUCUCGAACUUUUAUAAUGGGAUAGAACAGAUAAUAAUUGCCAUAUCUUUAUUGAUUGUUGUCAACACCCCAUAUUCUGCACUGAUCAAAAAAGGUGGAUGGAAGUACGUGGCAUCUCUCCCCAUAAUAGUGGUUGUGUUCUCAUUCUUCUCUGUGUUCCUGGUUGCUUUCUACAAUGUAGGAGCGUGUGGCGGAGGAAAUGUGCUAUUUAAGUCACUCUUCAAAGGCUGGGAGCCAAUGUUCUUUCUCGAAAACACUCUUGGGCUUGUGACGAAUGCAUUUCUGAAGAUAGGGAAGUAUCUUGGGGCUGAUGCCUCGAAGGAAGCCAUUUCCAUGCAGAUAGAUCCCUUAUACAGAGCAAAGUACAAGGCAGUCUAUGAUGGGCUCUGUGGAAAGCUUGGGAAGUCCUUGGGGUCUGUGAUGUGUACAGUGAUGACUGGAAUAUGGGAUAUAACAGACAUCCGUAUGGUCUCGAGUGUAUCAGGAAUCCUGGUUGCCAUUAUAAUUAUAUUGUGGCUCUACGUCCUAAAAUACCUAAGCAGAAAAUUCCAGACGGCAGUGGAAAAUAAUGCCUACAUUGAAUUAGACGAGUUCUAA